AGAUUAAAAACGAGCCCUUUAUUCCGAUCGUGCGACGUCCUUCAAGCCGCAAAGCUUAACAAUACCCGCGAGCCGCAAGGAGGCGUCGUCCAAAUCAUAGCGCCCACGCCGUACGGUGUCGCCGCCGAAUCAUUUCCCGAAGGCGAGAGCGGGCAUCGGCCGGGGGACAUACAAAUACGCCCACGAAUCCAACUCGAGGAGGGAGGAGAGAACAGUGCAGCGUUCCGUUCCCACGCCACGCCACGCCGCGCGCCACGAUUCCGCCGUCUCCGAGGAGGGGCCUCAAAGGGAGCGCCUCGCCACCAGCCUCAUCAUUGUUUCCAGGAAAAGAACGGCCGGGGGCUCAAGCCAUUUCGGCCUGCCUCGCGAGAUCCCCGUGAGACCGUUGCUGUAGCCGGGAAGGGGAGGGAGGGGGGAGGAGGUGGUGAUCGUGGCAGGGGCGGAUGCUACACAAAUGGAAGGUUGUGGAGGGCGGUGGAUGCGCCAGCGGCGCGGCUGGGGGAGACCAGCGCCGGCGGUGCGUGGCGGCGUCGCUGUCCAUGCUGAUCGCGGCCACCCUGGCGUUCCUUGCCUACGUCGCCUUCUUCCCGAACGACGGCGCCGGUGGGCUGUACCGGUUGUGGAGGUGCCAGGAUUGCGCGGGCGAGCUGGGCGAGUUCCCGAAUGACGAGGCGGUCGCGGCCGAUGGGCCUUCGGCUGGUGGCAUCCGCGCGCCGACGACGCUGUCGCACAUCGUGUUCGGCAUCGGAGCAUCAGCGCAGACGUGGGAUCAGCGCCGUGGGUACGCGGAGCUGUGGUGGCGACCCGACCAGAUGCGCGGACACGUCUGGCUCGACCAGGAGCCGGCGAGCCUGUGGCCGGCGGCGACGUGCCCCCCGUACCGCGUCUCGGCGGACGCCUCGUUUUUCGGCAACCGGGCGUCGGCGUCGCGGAUGGCCAGGAUCGUGGUGGACUCGUUCUUGGCCAUCACGGCGGAGCUGGGGAACGACACUGCGCGGGACGUGGUGCGGUGGUUCGUGAUGGGCGACGACGACACCGUGUUCUUCCCGGACAACCUGGUGGCCGUGCUGCGCAAGUACGACCACGAGGAGAUGUACUACGUCGGGGCGCCGUCGGAGAGCGUGGAGCAGAACGUUAUGCACUCGUACGGCAUGGCGUUCGGCGGCGGCGGGUUUGCGGUGAGCUACCCGGCCGCUGCCGAGCUCGCCAGGUCCAUCGACGGCUGCCUCGACCGGUACAGGUGGUUCUACGGCAGCGAUCAGCGCGUGCAGGCCUGCCUCAGCGAGCUCGGCGUCCCGCUCACCCGCGAGCCCGGAUUCCACCAGGUGGACAUCCGUGGCGACGCGUACGGGAUGCUGGCGGCCCACCCUAUGGCGCCGCUGGUCUCGCUGCACCACCUCGACCACAUCCAGCCCAUCAGCCCGCAGGGCAAGACCGCUCUCGACGCGGUCCGUCCGCUAAUCGGCGCGUCGCACUUCGACCCGGCGCGGUUGCUACAGCAAAGCUUCUGCUACCAGCACGGGCCGGGCUACACCUGGUCCGUCUCCGUUGCGUGGGGCUACACCGUGCAGGUGUACCCGUGGCCCGUGGCCCCGCACGAGCUGGAGGUCCCGCUGCAGACGUUCAAGACCUGGCGAAGCUGGGCCAACGGGCCGUUCGUGUUCAAUACCCGCCCGCUGAGCCCCAGCGACGCGUGCGCUAGGCCCGCGAUGUUCUUCCUGAGCGGAGUGCGGAACGAGACGGGCCGCGCCACCGUGACGGAGUACGCGAGGCACGUCGUGCGGUCGGAGAUGCAGUGCGACAAGGCCAGCUUCCGUGCGGCGUCCACUGUGCACACGGUCAGGGUGUUCGCUCCCAGGAUGAGUGAGAGUGACUGGAAACGGGCACCUCGGCGGCAUUGCUGCAAGACUAAGAGGACGAGGUGGGGCUCGGUGCUGGUGGUGCGGAUACGACGCUGCGGCGGAGGAGAACUCACGACGCCAUAGAUUCCAUAUAUCCAUGCAUGUUGCCGUGAUUUCGCCACGGCACGGAGAACAAGACACUAGUGCGAUACUGAUUGCAGUGACGGAUAGCUCUCGUGCUCGCGAGACAUAGAGGCUACAGGUUCUGUUCUUGGACCGGCAGUAGAGAGUGCAGAGUGUCUUUCCUGCUAGCCUUGAUCGCUGUGUAUAAAUGCCUACAUGAUUUAUGAGACAUACAGAUCACAAAUCAUAUAUACUUACAUCAGGUGCACAUUUACUUUUUCUUUUUCUUUUUCUGGUUUGGCCAUAUGGGCGAGUGUAUUAUUAUGCUCAUGUUUGUAAAAGCCAGAUGUUCUGCUUACAAAGAGAGAUGUGAUAGUAGCAAUGCAUAGGAUUGUUCUA